ACAGUAUCCGACUGUUUAUGAAGGCACCACAAGGUAAACGGCAAGAAUGAGGUUCGGUGUUGAAAUAACCUGAUAAAGCUCAAAGUAAGAAGAGGAUUUCUCCUCAUUUCUCGCCAUGAAUGGAUAUAUCGAUCUACGUUCACCGUCUUGCAUGCAGCCGGGCUUUUAGCCUGCACUUUGUACAUCCCCAAACCCUUGAGAGAAUGCACUACCAGUAGGUGGAGGCUCUUCCUCCCUCUAGCCUCCGUUUCUCCUCACUGCCCCCAUCAGUCCCAGAGUUCCCUAUGUUAACCCUCUUGAGCAUGUUUUACUAUAUCUGUCUGCGGCGACGCUCCAGGAGUGGGACUCGAGGCGAGGCUCUGACCAGUCGGCGGGCUGUGGAAUCUGGCCAGCGGGCGGUCUUGCCAGUUAGUGUGGAGGUGGAGCAGUAUGCCAAGGAGGUUCUGGACUUCAGUUCCCACUAUGGCAGUGAGAAUAGCAUGUCCUACACCAUGUGGAACCUGGCUGGGGUACCCAACGUCUACCCCAGCUCAGGGGACUUCACCCAAACGGCUGUAUUCAGAGCUUAUGGAACAUGGUGGGAACAGUGUGCCAGUGCCCCGCCACCUUUUCGCCGUACUCCUAAAGGCUUCCACAGCCAGGAUUACAUUGAGCUGGGCUUUGAAGAGCCUGUCUACCCUACAGCAGUGGAGGUGUUUGAGACCUAUUACCCUGGAGCCAUUGUUCAGAUCCUGGCCUGCUCUCACAACCCCUUCUCCCAGAAUCCACCCUCUGAUGUCAGGUGGGAGGUGCUGUGGUCAGGGGAGCCCACCAAGGUGCUGACACCCCAGGCACGCCAGUUUUCCCCUAAAAUCAAGCAUAUCAGCUUCCCCACUAACCUGCUGCGUCUGGAGGUCAACAGCUCACUGCUGGACUACUACACCGAGCUGGAUGCUGUGAUCUUACGAGGGGUAAAGGAGAGGCCCAUGCUGGCCCUCUAUAAGAUGCCCAUCAUCGACAUUAGUGACCUGAGUGACAGUGAAGAGGAGCUGUCUGACGUGGGAGGUCCUUACAGGCAAGGAGGAGACGGCAAGCAGCAGAGGACAGGCAAUGGCUACUUUGACAAACUGCCAUAUGAGCUCAUCCAGCUGAUUCUGAGCCACCUGACCCUGCCAGACCUCUGCCGUCUGGCCCAGAGCUGUAAGCUGCUGCACCAGCACUGCUGCGACCCGCUGCAGUACACCCAGCUGAGUCUGCAGCCCUACUGGGCCCGGCUGAGUGACGCCUCCCUGGGACACCUGCAGAGCCGCUGCACCCUCCUCCAGAGGCUCAACCUGUCCUGGACCGGCAACCGUGGAGCUCUCACCCUGACGGGCUUCAGCAGUUUCAUGAAGGCAUGUGGUCUGAGCCUGGUCUGCCUGGAAAUGUCGUGCUGCCACUUCCUGAAUGAAGCCUGUCUGGAGGUCAUCUCCCAGACUUGUCCUGGACUGCAGGAGCUCAAUCUGUCCUCCUGCGAUCGCCUCCACCCACAGGCCUUCACGCAUAUCUCCAAACUUACACGCCUCCGCAGGCUGGUGCUCUACCGCACUAAGAUAGAGCAAACAGCCAUCUUGAGCAUCCUGACUUUCUGCAUAGAGCUGAGACACCUCAACCUGGGGAGCUGUGUGAGGAUUGAGGACUAUGAUGUUGUGGCCAGCAUGCUGGCUGCUCGCUGUCGCUCACUGUGCUCUGUGGACCUGUGGCGCUGCAGAAACCUGACAGAUCGAGGCCUGGCUGAGCUCGUCUCCGGCUGCAGGAUGUUGGAGGAGCUGGAUCUGGGCUGGUGUCCCACACUGCAGAGCAGCAGCGGAUGUUUCCAGCACCUCGCCCGCAGCCUGCCUCGACUACGUAAGCUCUUCCUCACUGCUAACCGCACCGUCUGCGACUCAGACGUAGAAGAGCUGGCCUCCAGCUGCCCCUCACUACAACAUCUAGACAUACUGGGUGAGCGUUUUCCUCACACAUACAGCAUGUGGAUAGAAACAUUUGUCACUUAUUCAUUAUUUGUUAGUGAUGGUCAUUCUUAUUUAAAUGAACUGUAAUUGUUGAUGUUUUCAUGGAAACAGACCCACAGCAGCUUGUCUCUGAGGACAGUGCUAAGAUUGCUGUAUAACUGCUCCAUUUUGUCACUUCUGCCUGAAGCUCAAUCCUUCUUUUCUGUGUCCUCAAGGAGACAUGUGAUGCAAAUUUUGUCAUCCACCCACGUUUGCGAGGAUCCGCAGGGACCACUCUGCAAAUGUCCACAUUAGGGCUGCAGUCAUCGAUUAUUUUAGUAAUCGACUAUUCCGUAGAUUUUUCUAGCCAUUAAUCGAGUAAUCGGUUCUGCCACUUGGCAUGUUCAUUACAUUAUCAAAAAUGGAAGUGAGCGCUGUGCAACAGAAAAUACCGUCCAGGCGGAACACAGGCGGACAUCUGUGGGGUAUAUUACAUAUGUAGUAUAGUACAUAUGUAGUACAGUACAGGGGUAUAGUACAUAUGUAGUAUAGUACAGGGGUAUAGUACAUAUGUAGUAUAGUACAGGGGUAUAGUACAUAUGUGGUAUAGUACAUAUAUAGUAUAGUACAUAUGUAGUAUAGUACAGGGGUAUAGUACAUAUGUGGUAUAGCACAGGUGUAUAGUACAUAUGUGGUAUAGUACAUAUAUAGUAUAGUACAGGGGUAUAGUACAUAUGUAGUAUAGUACAGGGGUAUAGUACAUAUGUAGUAUAGUACAGGGGUAUAGUACAUACAUAGUAUAGUACAGGGGUAUAGUACAUAUGUAGUAUAGUACAGGUGUAUAGUACAUAUGUGGUAUAGUACAUAUAUAGUAUAGUACAGGGGUAUAGUACAUAUGUAGUAUAGUACAGGUGUAUAGUACAUAUGUGGUAUAGUACAUAUAUAGUAUAGUACAUAUGUAGUAUAGUACAGGGGUAUAGUACAUAUGUAGUAUAGUACAGGGGUAUAGUACAUAUGUAGUAUAGUACAGGGGUAUAGUACAUAUGUAGUAUAGUACAGGGGUAUAGUACAUAUGUAGUAUAGUACAGGGGUAUAGUACAUACAUAGUAUAGUACAGGGGUAUAGUACAUAUGUAGUAUAGUACAGGGGUAUAGUACAUAUGUAGUAUAGUACAGGGGUAUAGUACAUAUGUAGUAUAGUACAGGGGUAUAGUACAUACAUAGUAUAGUACAGGGGUAUAGUACAUAUGUAGUAUAGUACAGGGGUAUAGUGCAUACGUAGUAUAGUACAGGGGUAUAGUACAUAUGUAGUAUAGUACAGGGGUAUAGUACAUAUGUAGUAUAGUACAGGGGUAUAGUACAUAUGUAGUAUAGUACAGGUGUAUAGUACAUAUGUAGUAUAGUACAGGGGUAUAGUACAUAUGUGGUAUAGUACAUAUAUAGUAUAGUACAUAUGUGGUAUAGUACAGGUGUAUAGUACAUAUGUGGUAUAGCACAGGUGUAUAGUACAUAUGUGGUAUAGUACAUAUAUAGUAUAGUACAGGGGUAUAGUACAUAUGUAGUAUAGUACAGGGGUAUAGUACAUAUGUAGUAUAGUACAGGGGUAUAGUACAUACAUAGUAUAGUACAGGGGUAUAGUGCAUACAUAGUAUAGUACAGGGGUAUAGUACAUAUGUAGUAUAGUACAGGGGUAUAGUACAUCUGUAGUAUAGUACAGGGGUAUAGUACAUAUGUAGUAUAGUAAAACUGAUGUGGCAGGCUGGUCCAUCUUUCUGAAAUUCAAACUCAAAAUGGUGUUCAGUAGUUUGUAUGGCCUCCAUGUGCUUGUAUGCAUGACUGACGAUGUCGGGACAAGCUCUGAAUGAGACGAUGGAUGGUGUCCUGGGGUAUCUCCUCCCAGAACUGGACCAGGGCAUCUCUGAGCUCCUGGACAGUCUGAGGAGCAACCUGAUGGUGUCUGAUGGAACAAAACAUAAUGUUCCAAAGGUGUUCUAUUGGAUUCAGGUCAGGUGAGCGUGGGGGCCAGCUAAUGGUAUCAGUUCCUUCAUCCUCCAGGAACUGCAUGAGUUCUCUUACCACAUAAGACUGGGCAUUGUCGUGCACCAGAAGGAAUCCAGGACCACUGCACCAAUGUAGGGUCUGACAAUGGGUCAAAGGAUUUCAUCCUGAUACCUAAAGGCAGUCAGAAUGCCAUUGUCCAGCAUGUAGAGGUCUGUGUGUCCCUCCAUGGAUAUGCCUCCCCACACCAUCACUGACCCACCACCAAACCGGUCACGCUGAACAAUGUUACAGGCAGCAUAACGUUCUCCACGGCUUCUCCAGACCCUUUCAUGUCUGUCACAUGUGCUCAGGGUGAACCUGCUCUCAUCUGUGAAAAGCACAGGGCACCAGUGGUGGACCUGCAGAUUCCUGUGUUCUAUGGCAAAUGCCAGCCGAGCUCCACGGUGCCGGUCAGCGAGCACAGCGGGCACUAGAGGACGCUGGGCCCUCAGACCACUCUCAUCUCUUUCUGAUUGUUUGGUCAGAGACAUUCACACCAGUGGUCUGCUGGAGGUCAUUUUGUAGAGCUAUUGCAGUGCUCAUCCUGUUCCUCCAGACUAACUGUCUCCUGGAAUCUCUUCCAUGCGCUUGAGAAUGUGCUGGGAGACACAGCAAACCUUCUGGCAAUGGCACACAUUGAUGUUUCAUCCUGGAGGAGUUGGACUGUCUGUGGAACCUCUGUAGGGUCCAGGUAUCACCUCAUGCUGUCAGAAGUGACUCUGACCCUAGCCAAAUGCAAAACUAGUGAAAAACAGUCAGAAAACAUUAGGAAGGAAAAAAAUGUCAGUGGCCUUCACCUGUAAACUCAUUCCUGUUUUGGGGGUGUCUCAUUGUUACCCCUCCAGUGCAUCUGUUGUUAAUUUUAUGAACACCAAAGCAGCUGAAACUGACUAAAAAGCCCCUCAGUUACUUAUUGACCAGAUCAGUAUCCCACAUAGACACUGAUUUGAUGCUAUACUUAGAUUAAAAAGUGUUCCUUUAAUUUUUUGAGCAGUGUAGUAUAGUACAUAUAUAUUAUAGUACAGGAGUAUUCAAUUAAAAGUCAAAGCCAUAGAAACCUCACAUGUAUUUAGUUGGUGAUGCAGAAAUCCCAUAAAUGUUUUUCUCUUUGGUUCGUUUAAACUGCUGCUACUGCAGCUGAUAGAACACAAAUAGGAAAACUGAUGAGUUUAUCAGUUUUUAUUCCAGAGAAUAUUCAAUCAGUAACAUUAGUUUCACUUUGAUUUGGCCACAAACUAAACUGUUUUCCUUCAUUAUGAGUCAGUGUCAGACCUACAUGCACUUCAGUACAACAUCGUGUUUGAAUAUCUGAAGUCUGAUAGUUUUAUUGUGCAGCUGUCUGUUACAAAUAAUCAGCUGUAUUGAUCGGUAAAAUAAAUAUAUUACACACCAUUAACAGUUUUCUACCAGCAUUCCUGUCUUACAUUAUUUAUAUUCUUCGUUGUUCUCCAUUAAAACAAUCUGUUGACUGAAGCAGCUGAACAUUUUGAGCAGAAAACGAGUCAAAUGAAGCAGAAAGUCUGAGUUAACAGAGGAAGCUGAAACCACCUUCAUACCUGUUAACUCUGACUGAGGUUUUAGUUUUUGUGGAGCCGAUUUAAACAAAGAAGGUCUGACUAUGUCAAUCUGGCUUCAUAGUUCAGACCUCUGAUCUGAUAAAUGCCGUAAACGCUAGAAAAGCUGCACUGGUUAAAAUACAAAUCAAAUUUAAAAUCCCCUUAUAAUGUGUUGAUUAUAGGUCCAGGUCCAUAUAGGAUGAAGUCUGGGUUCAGACUCUGACCACCAGUUAGUGACCUGAGGUCUAGUAUUUAGUGGAUUAAAUGAAGCUUUGAUUCAGAGAAUUUUGCCUCGAGGAAUUUUAGUAAUUGAAUUACUCAAAUAACACGAGGAAUCGUCUCAGCUUUACAUACAUGCAGCCCACACAUUGUGACAAUGCAGACUGUCUGCACUGCCUUUGUGUCAGUUGAGACAGGAAAACAAAUGGUGCUUCAAGCAAACACUUGUAAAAUCUGAGUGACUGUGCGAAGAGAUUCUGUGUCGCCCACACCUUUAUAAAUGAUCAAUAAAAGAGUUGUACUUUAAGUAGUCGUUGAUGGAGUUUGGAGGUUCUUUGAUUUCUACAUGCUUUCCAUCGAGGGAGCAAAACACAGUAGGAGGUUCUUUCACACCUCAUGAAUAAUCACUGUGAUACAAUUCAAUCUGUAAUUACCUUUUAUAUCCUGGAAGUGUAAAGCCAGAUUUCAGGAACGUCCACGGAGCCCUGUGGGUUUUUCUGUGUUUGAUGUCAAGGGCAAUGCAACACAAACUUAUUGUAAUGUGAAAAUAACCACAGGUGUGUCUGCUGUCAGCUUUUAAAAUCCACAUCGGUCACACGUCGUCUUUACACCUGACUAUCACUGCAUCAGUGAAAAGGGACUGAAUUAGAAAGCAUGGCCACAAAUGCACUUCACUUUCUUAUUUUGAUGCUUAUUCUGUAGUUGACAGUUAAAUGUGACAUUUCCCCCACAUUUAUUCAUAACCCUGUGAAUAUACAGUGUGAAAGGUGCAUGUUGGUGUGAUUAUUUCUCAUCAGUGCCAGCCACUGAUUAUUCAGCCAUUAGAAGCUGCAGUCAUAAAUACACUCAGCAAUUGUGAUUUAAUUUGGCUAGACCUAGUGUAUGUCCAUACCGAGUGCACGGACACGGGGGAAGUGACAUGUUUGUGGCGUGACCAGUCCCAAGUCUGCAUUUGAGACAUUUAUAAAAAAUAUUCCCAAGUGAACUGAAAACACUUCAUGUCAAUAUGAAUAAAAUAUUGCUCAGUAAGCAAAGUUGCAGCAGCUCACCGCAGCACUAAUAGCAGUAAUGGCUGUGCAUUAACACUCCAGUUACAGUUGCAUAAGUUGACAGGUGUGACAGCACAGUGGCAGAAGUGUUGCUCACCCUAGCUCUGCUGAUGUAACGGGUCUUUGGCUAUUUCACAACUUGGAUUGGUCCGGAAAUUCAAAAACACAUCAAGUAAUAAGCAGGUUAUUCCGGUGUGGGCUCUACUUUAUGUAUCAGCUGUAAAUAAGUCAAAUUUAUUUAUAAAGUGCAUUUAAAAAACAUCAGGAGUUGAACCAAAGUGUUGUACAGCUCUAGCUGCUGUUUAUUCUUUUGAUUUACUGAAGGUAGUGUCUACAGAUACGGACCCGUACCCGUAGCAUGUGGGCUACGGAUACGACACUUUCCAUUUGCCGGACACAUACGGACCCGUACGUGAGUCUCGCGAGUCAAGAAGCUGCUAACCACUGCAAACUGUUGAAAGGUAAGCAAAGGUUAAGGUUAGGGUUAGUGUUAGGGUCAGGUUUAGGGUCCGUACCUGUAGUACCGAUGCUACGGGUCCGUACCUCCAGCGUCUACUGGGAGUCACGUGACCUGAUCUCGCGUAUCUGAUUGGCAAAUGGAAAGUACCGGUCCGUACCUCUAGCAACUACCUUUGCUGAAAGUGUUUUUUUUAAAAGUUUUUCUGCUUUUCUCUGCUAGUGUUGUGUUUUUUAAAGCAUCUUCUACAGCAUCUUAUCGUCCCUGUUGUGGUUUGUCUGACACACAGGUACACGGCUGGUGAGUGCAGCCUCGCUGAAAAAACUCCUCCAAUCGUGUCCUCGGCUUCUCCUUCUGGACGUGUCCUUCUGCUCGCAGAUAGACAUGCGGGUUGUCCAGGAGCUCUCGGGCCUUUUCCCCAAUGUGGCCAUCAAGAAAAGCUUCACUCAGUGACACAGCCUCAUCUCAUUUUUCACUGCCCAGAGUAGCUAGUGGAGGGAGGUGCUCGCCAGCAGAUACUGCCCCAGAUUGACUCAGAGGCAGGUCAGAUGCUGGAUGAGAUUGCAGACCUGCCUUUGCCUGUAUCACGGACAAGAUCUUCUUACGGUGAACUGAGACGAGGUGAGGAGGUUGGUUGGAUUUACUGACUGAACACAAACAACCACAGACUCCUAGUCACAGGAUUUUAAGGUGUGAGAUGUUUUUUUUUUUUUUGUUAUGUCAUGGACGUAUGUAAUCAGGGUCGUGGCAGUAAAGCUGCUGCAUCUUCCCAGAAUAUGAAUCAUCACUUACAGUACGUAUUGCCAAACAACACAUGGAAAGCAAAUAUGCCUUGGUACAAGCUGCAAGACACAAAGCAGCAUUCUGAGAAUCUGUUGGAGCAACGAAACGGGAUAGAAUAAGUGUGAAACAUACCUUUUCUGGAAAAGUCUCAUCUGUUAGCUGAAGAUCAGAGCAUUGUCUGUGUCAUGUCAGAAUGUGGAACAUUAACAUUUUGACUUACUGGGAAGAAAUCAUACUUGAUGUUUUAUUCAAAGGUAUCAGGAGCUUUAUAGGUGAAGACAAACGGUUGAAUGCAGCAGUAUUGCAUGCAGCGCACUUUGGACAGUGCAGGUUCAGACUUUAAUGCGAGCAUCACAGCUUCAUUUGUGUUGCUACAAACUUCAAACUCACACACAGGGCUCUCAUGCUGAAACACGUCAGCUUUCCUUUCACCGAGAUUCACUGACUGAGUAUUUUCAUCUAAAAAAUCUGUGAGAUCUUGUGAAAACAUGCAAAAGCAUUUGUUUUAAUUUACACAUUUGUUCUAAAUGCAGAAGUAGAGAUAGCACCCAAAGACAUCAACACAAACAGACUGACUGAUCUAAAACAGAAGCACAGGAGUAACACUCUUCUUCUGAGAACUUUCAGUAUGUCAACUAGUGGCCCUUUAUGCAAACGUAGACAAUUUGAACUGAUUUAACGUCUCUCUCUCUUUCUGCACCUGUUGUUGUUUUCAAAUCUCACCACCUUUCAGAGAUUUCAGUUGGACAGAAAAAGUUCCAUUUUAAUUUGAUAGCAUGGUAGUUUUAAUUUGAACCUAUGAUACAAGAGCUGUGUUGAACUAAACUUGAGGCUCUGGUUGGAUUGAUGUAGAGGAAGUCAUUAGAUCUAAUUGGCUGUUCCAGAUCAGUUUCUGUUUAAAUCUCCCCCUCAAAGGUCAAGUGAGCAAUUCUAAUUCAACUUACUUUUUGUUAUACUCUCCUAGCUGUCCGGUUUGUGUGCACGCUGAGUGAAAAUCUGUUGUUCAUACACAACCCUGACUCUGUAAAUGGGGAAACAAAGUGGCUCAGACUGAUGCACACAACACUAUUUGAGUUGAGGGAGAGAGGUGAGAUAGAAUAUGCAUAAGGGCCAGUGGUAGCAAAUAAACCUGGCACAUGCUAUCUGAAUAUGCUAUAGCUAAAUAUCAGUGAUUAUUCUCCAGAACCACAUAUGAGCACCUUUAACUAAAUCAGGGUGUUUCAUUGAAUCCGUUUUUUGUUACAUCGGGCAUUUUUCUGGCUGAAGCCAAGCAAGAAUUCAUUAGUUUAAGGUAACUGGGCCACUGUUCAUGGUAAUUAGAGCACUUGAUAAUGUUUUUUUGGCCUCAUGGGUCUUUUAUUUUGUUAAUGAUUUUUUUUUGAGUUGUUAAAGGAAGUUAGGAGUGUUUGGUUUUUAGGACAUGGAUGCUAGUUCUGUGUCCAAACUGUAAGGCAGUUUGAAAGUCGCUGGUUCUGCAACGCUUUCUUGAUAUGCUUUUCCUGCCACUGCUGUUAGACCACAGACUUAACCACUAAAAUGUUAGUUCAUCCAUUGAGGAGUACUGUGAAUCAAGCUGGGCAUGGUAUGCUAAAAUGACACAUUGUAUUCACUAUAUGUGACCUCAGUAUUUGUCCUCAAACUCAGGGGUUAUAUAUAUAUAUAUAUAUAUAUAUAUAUAUAUGUAUAUAUAUAUAUAUAUAUAUAUAUCUUAUUAUCGUUAUGUUUUUUUUAAACAAAUCUUCUACUCCAGAAACCAGCACAGCGGACGUUUUUAGGGAAAAUAACACCAGACUUGCGUUGAGGUUACCUGCCUUUGGUGUUGCUCUUAAACAACAAACACACACGACACAAACGACCAGUUAGCACUGAUGUAACUGAGACUAAAAAUCAAGGUGUAAUGGGUGUUGCAGUAAAUGUAUGAUUGUGAAAAAUAUAUAGCUGUUGCUGAUUAUUUAAUUUUUGUAACAUAUGAAGAGAUGGUUGCAGUGUGGCAGAAGUGCUUUAAAAGCAUUUUUAUUUUGAGCCAGAACGUGGAAGUUUUCUUUAAGCACACGCUACUAGUCAAUAUUUGUGCCUUAUACUCCUGUUUGAAUGUGGUGUGAUGUCCAAGUGGUACAGAGUGUAGUGAAGUGCUUUGCUUUUUCAACCAAAGUAACACACAAUAACCUGGUCACCAGUCUCACUGCUAUGUCUGACCAGUUUAUAUGCCAUAUACUGUAUAUCAGCCAUGUUAAUUAAUAUGCAAAACCAUGUUAUUUAUUUGUCCCUGUGUGAUAACAAUGUUAUUUAUACUCAUUACACGUGGAAACAGUAAUGUACAAUUACAAUGGGGAAUCCCCUGUUUUUGUAUUUUGUUCCACAUGUAGCCUAGCUUAGUACAAAGAGUGGAUGCACACCUUGAACCUAGCUCAAAGAAUCAGGGGUAAAAAGAGGAUACUUUAGUUUUAAAAACAGUUUCCUGCUGAAAUGUUACUUACCAGCUUGACUCAUCAGAUGUAGACUUUGGGUACAAGUGUGACGUUUCAGCCACACCUUGAAAUUUAACACCGUUUUCUCCUCCUUCACAGCUAUUUGCAUGUAGAAGUGUUAAAAGUCGCUACAGGAAACGGCAACAACAACCUCUGAGCAGCGACCUACAAGCUUACAAAGUUUUGCACGGGCACUGUCUACAUCCUGGGUUUAGCACCGCCUAAGACAACUGUGAUUGGUUUUAAAAAAAACCUCCUGAACAGUCAUACACCCUUAUAGCAGAAUGCUAAAGAGGUGCAGUCAGACCAUUCUGCCUAUGUGACUCCUUGUGCAACAAUGCCAGUGACUGCAGGAAGCCUCACAGCAGUUGUGUUCAUUGGCAGCUUGUGUCUGUGAAUACCUCUGUGUUUGUGACAGCGUGCUGCAGAAACUUUAUAAAGAUCCACCCGAUAAUGAGAACUGAAGCUGCUUGAGUAUUCAUUUCCACAUUUAAUGGCGCCGUGCAGGCUAGAAGUGAUGUCAUCACAAUUUUUCCUUUGAAUCUUUUGAAUUUUAUAAAAUGGGAAUGACUUUAUGUUCUACGAACACCAAGUGGAAGAAUUAUCUUUAAUAUUUCUAAAAUCCUGGCUUGCUGUGGAUUUGAUGUUUAACUAAUGCUGUGUUUGUGCUAAGCUAGGCUAAACGUCCCAGACCAGUCCUCCUAUUGGUUCUCCAGAUGCCAAUAGAUAUCAAUCUUCAUAUCUGUCAAUCUUUGAAAAAGCUCAAAAUGUUAAACUAUUCCUCUAAAAGUCACCCCGUAUGUUUCUCUGUUUAGUUUAAAACAGAAAGGGUGUGCUAACAAAUGAUGUGAACGUUGCUUCAGUUGCACUUGAGAACAGUCUUAUUCUAGCUGGUUGACUGGAAGCUGAAGUGCACACAUCACAUUUACUUUGCCCACCCAAACCCAGGCCGUAACUUCAAGUACAUUUUAAUAUAUAUUAAUUCCAUCAGUAAUGACUAAAGCAACACAUUUACAGCACUGGCAGUAUUUACUGUGUACAGCAACAGCAUUCAUGUGUUAACUGUUAAAAAAUGAACAGUCUUCGCUGGUCACUGUUUGACCAGUGAAACAGGUUAGUUCAACACUUCUCGUGUUAUUGGGGUGUCCCUGCUUUUCUGUAAUGAAUAUGCAUCCUGUCUUCUUCCACUCUGGUUUUCUGAUCAACUUUUGUGCCAUGCGCUGCUAGGACACGUGGCUGAGCUCGCUGUGCUGCGGUGCUGAAGACGCCGUUGUGUGAAAAGAUUGUGCCUCUGUCAUGAUGAAACUGGGUGCUUCACUUUCACCAGGUUUUAAAUAAACUGAAGGCUGAUGACGGA